AUCUGAGAGAGAUUUAGGAGCUUUGAUGAUGGCGAAUCAACAUUUCUUCAAGCCUCUUCUUCCUGGCUUUCAAAGCCAUUUGACAAUUCCUGUGGCUUUCUUCUUGAAGAAUAUUGAAGGAAGAAAUGAGCAGAAGAAGACGGCAGAGUUAAGAUCAGACGCAUCCAAAAUAACCUGGAAAGUGAAAAUAGAUGGGCAGAGACUCACAAACGGUUGGAAAGAGUUUGCUCUCGCACAUGAUCUUCGCAUCGGCGACAUCGUUGUCUUCAAACAAGAGAGAGACAUGAGUUUUCACGUGACAAUGUUGGGACCUAGUUGUUGUCAGAUUCAAUAUGUGUCUUCUUUAGACAACCAGAACAACCUCGGGGAGAUUCAAAGGAAAAAGAAAAAAGCAGAGUCUUCACUAGAUCAAUCUUGUUUCGUGGCUAAUGUCACGGUUUCAAAUCUACGCUAUGACUCACUGAAUCUUCCAAUGAGUUUUGUGAGAGCAAAUGGUCUAAACACAAGAUGUGGAGAGAGGAUUCUGAUUAAUGAAAAGGGCAGAUCGUGGACUGUAAGUUUGAAACGAAAGAAAUCAUGCGGAACUACUUACAUCAGAGGAGGAUGGAGAAGUUUUUGUCAAGCUAAUGGACUUAGUGCUGGUGAUUUCUUCACAUUCAACUUCCAAAAAGGUGGAACUCUUGGUUUACGUUUAUCCCCUGGAGAGAUAGAAGAAGAAGAUUGCUUAUCAGAAGGUAAUGUAGUGAAGAAUAGAUUGAUAUGGAAAGCUUCUUCUUCAGAAUCUCAAAACCGUUUUGUGACAGUGACCCUUACACCUUACAACAUCAGAGAAUCUAAACUGACGCUUCCAAUACCUUUCACAAAGGUGAAUGGAUUACAAAAGGCAAAAAAGAUGAGUUUCUUGGAUAAACACGGCAUGAAGUGGUCUACCAAUAUGUGUUUUGAGGUGGAACGUAAGAGAAUGAAAUUGGCAGGAAGUUGGAAAGAGUUUUGCAAUGCUAACGAUGUGAAGAUCGGAGAAUCAAUCAUCCUGGAGCUGGUUUGGGGAGCAGACAGAAGCUCUGUUCUUAAGUUUUCUUCCAAGGUGAACCAAGAGACCAACUGAAAAUGUACCUGGGGUCAAAAAAUUACCUAAAUCAAUGUUUUAACUAGUGACAAUGUCCAAUUCUAGAAGUGAAGAAGUCACUGUAUGUUGUUUUUGUUGUGAGGAUAUGUAGACAUUCUGGUGGCUACUUGUAACUUUUUGGAUGCAUACUCUGUCUAAGAUAAGCUUACUUCAUGCUGAUGUCAUCUGGUGACUUCUUUUACCAUAA